GGCCCAGGCGGCGGCGACGGCGGCGGCGGGCUCCCCCGCCCUGUCCGCUGGCUCGCUCGCUCCCUUCACGGAAGCGGGGCAGUGCGCGUGCGCCUGCGCCCUCACUCCAAAUUAAAAAGAGACAGCUAGUGGUUGCCCGGGAGAGUGGCGGGGUGCCGUCCCCGGAAAUAAUCUCUAGUCUCCGGCGCCGGGACUUGGCGAGGUAGCCUCUGCGGUGGAGAGACCUGGAAUGGCCAAAUAUCAAGGUGAAGUUCAAAGUCUGAAACUGGGUGAUGAUUCAGUUAUAGAAGGAGUAAGUGACCAAGUACUUGUGGCAGUUGUGGUCAGUUUUGCUUUGAUCGCUACCCUGGUAUAUGCACUUUUCAGAAAUGCACAUCAAAGUAUUCAUCCGGAAAACCAAGAGUUAGUAAGGGUGCUUCGGGAGCAACUUCAAACAGAACAGGAUGCACCUGUUGCUGUCCGACAGCAGUUCUACACGGAUAUGUACUGUCCAAUCUGUUUACAUCAGGCCUCUUUCCCAGUUGAAACAAACUGUGGACAUCUUUUUUGUGGUACCUGCAUUAUUGCAUACUGGCGAUAUGGUUCAUGGCUUGGGGCAAUCAGUUGUCCAAUCUGUAGACAAACGGUAACUUUACUUCUACCAGUAUUUGAUGAAAGUGACCAGUCUCAGGAUGUGGCACCAUUGCAUCAAGAUAUUAAUGAUUAUAACCGGAGAUUCUCAGGCCAGCCUAGAUCAAUUAUGGAAAGAAUUAUGGAUCUACCCACUUUACUGAGGCAUGCAUUCAGGGAAAUGUUUUCAGUUGGGGGCCUUUUCUGGAUGUUCCGUAUCAGGAUAAUACUUUGUUUAAUGGGAGCCUUUUUCUAUCUCAUAUCACCUUUAGACUUUGUACCUGAAGCCUUGUUUGGAAUUCUAGGAUUUCUAGAUGAUUUCUUUGUGAUCUUUUUGUUGCUUAUCUACAUCUCUAUUAUGUAUCGAGAAGUGAUAACACAGAGACUAAAUAGAUGAAAAGAAUGUUUACUAAAAUAUUUGAACUAGUGUAUUAAAACCAAACAGAAGGACCCAUGGCAAUAUAAUGCACUUGAAUAUUAUCACACAAGCUAAAAAUCAUUGUAAAACAUCUGAUCAUUAUUUGGCAAAAGCCUAACAAUAUAUGACUGGAAUUUUUAUGUUACAAGUUCUGAUGUUAAGGUUGUACUAACAAGUGAUAAUUUAUAACUAUGUUUUGGUUUCAUGUUGUCUAUAAAGGCUCUGGGGAAAUGUGGAUUUAAUAAAAAGUGAUGCUUUCAUUUUUUUUCUUCCCUAAAUCACUCAGAUUAGUUGGAAACAUAGUAAUAGUGUUAAACCUAUUAUUUUAUCUAGUUUUUCCUCCUCAGUAAGUACCCAUAGGAUAAUAUAUUAUUACAAGAUUCAUCUAAGCAAAUAUUUUUGUUAUAACAAAGUAUACAAUAUUGGAGAAAAGUCAGUAUUUGUCUUAGUACUAGCUAAGUAUUGUGUAUCUGGAGCAGUUUUACUUCUCCCUUCUGAUAGAAUUUUGCUAUUAACUGAAAGUGAAAGGAGAAACUAAAACUUUCUAAUCUUUUUGAUUUCAUAUUCUUAAUUUACAGAAAAAAAAUUAAUGCAUAUAAGCCAUUUGUCUCCAGUCAGCACACUUGAUGUCCUCAGUUAGGACAAGAACUUUGUCCUUUUAUAGGGAUAGGUUAUAAAAAUUAGGAACUUCAAUGAUACUGUAAACAUGGCAGUUUGAUGCAUUUCUAAGGAAAGUAGAUCUUGAUGUCUGUGAACAUUAAAAUCUUCAGGAGGGUGCAAGUUACAGCCAGUGGACAAAUGUGAUUAGUUUUCUCUUUUCUAAUGUUGUCUCUAGAUGGCAGCAUAGAACCCAGGCUCAUGGGGUUUUAUGUGUAAUGAAUGUAUGAAAUUAGUCAAUAAAAAAAUCUUUUUUUUUUGGACGGUUACAGCUUUGGUAGCUAAGCCUUUCUUCUGCAGUUUUCCUUUUGAGGAUAUCAAGACUGCAAGUAUUAUGAAAUCCUAAUUCCCUCAGCUGCUACUGCUCUUUAGUGAACUGGACAGCAGAGUGGCCUAUCAUUGCUGCCGAGGGGUCAGUGUUAGCUGGGUUAGCUGCAGUCACUGACAGUUAUAUUGUCUAUUCCUGUAUGAAUGAGCCACACUUUAUCAGUAAUGGGAGGAAAAAAACAACAACAACCAAAACCUCAUUUCCCCAGGUUAAGCAGAUUAUCCACUGAUUUAUGAGAUGGUGAGUGUGUUUUCUAAUUUGUGCCUGGGGUGUCUCUUAGAGAAAGCCAGUAAUAUUUAAAUAUAACGCUAUAAAUAAAGCAAUUUCUUGCAUACUUUUCAUUUUAUCCAGAAGAUAACUACAUGAAGAAAGCAAAGGAAUCCCUAAGCUUUUUUUUUUCUGAAGCUACACACAAAUACAUAAACUCUUAGCAGGACUCCCAUAAUGGGUUAUUAUGAAGAAAGAAUUUUUAAAAAAAGAAAAGAAAGAAUUCUUUGUAAGCCUUUUGGAACACAUGAGCAGUGUACCUUGGAUGCUCUUUUAAGAGGCCUAGAAAGGUAACAUAUCAACACUUUAUGAAUCCUAAUUCUAUAUUUUUCAAAUUAUAUGUCUACCAGGAUUGCAAGCUUUAUAGGAAAAUAUUCCAGCUAAAGUUACAACUUGAGAAGCUAAAGUAGGAACAGGAGUUUGUUGUCCCACCACUUACCAAAAUAGAAACAUGUGUCCCACUAAUUACAACUUUGGUACUGGGGUAUAAUAUUGUUUUAGGAAAGGAUUUUAUUUUUUGUGCAUGUGUGCUGUUUAAUUGUUGCAUUUCUAGUUACAAUAAUUUUACUGUAAUGCUGGAAUUCCUCUUAAGAUUUUCAUGGUAGAGGUAUAUUGUGUCACAUUUUGUAAACAUAAAAAACUGUAUGAUUUAAAGUCUUAUUAAAUUGAAAAGAAAGCAUGCUGACAUCUCAGAACUUUAGA